CGCUGUCCGGCCCUGAGGACCGAGGGGGCGGGCGGACCCUCAGCCCCGGCGCCUUAGCGACGUGCGCAAGCCCCCGCAGCCGCCUCCCUGCCAGUCAGGACCUGAGCUUCUAAAAUGUCAUCCGUCAAACACUUGGUUUAUGCAGUCAUUCGUUUCCUACGGGAACAAAGUCAGAUGGAUGCCUAUACUUCGGAUGAGCAAGAAAGUUUGGAAGUUGCAAUUCAGUGCUUGGAGACAGUUUUUAAGAUCAGCCCAGAAGAUACACAUCUAGCAGUUUCACAGCCUCUGACAGAAAUGUUCACAAAUUCCUUCUGUAAGGGUGACAUCCCGCCCCUCUCAAAGUCUUUGCCUGAAGAUGUGGGGAAAGCCGACCAGUUGAAAGAUGAAGGUAACAACCACAUGAAAGAAGAAAAUUAUGCUGCAGCCGUGGAAUGUUAUACACAGGCAAUUGAAUUGGAUCCCAAUAAUGCGGUUUAUUAUUGUAACAGGGCUGCUGCUCAAAGCAAAUUGAGUCACUACACAGAUGCGAUAAAGGACUGUGAAAAAGCCAUAGCAAUUGAUUCGCAGUACAGUAAGGCCUAUGGGCGGAUGGGGCUGGCCCUCACUGCCAUGAAUAAAUUUGAAGAAGCAGUUACAAGUUAUCAGAAGGCCUUAGAUCUUGACCCUGAAAAUGAUUCCUAUAAAUCAAAUCUGAAAAUAGCAGAACAGAAGUUAAGAGAGACAGGAACUGGGUUGAGCUUUGACAUGGCUAGCUUGAUAAAUAAUCCAGCUUUCAUUAGUAUGGCAGCAAGUUUAAUGCAAAACCCUCAAGUUCAACAGCUAAUGUCAGGAAUGAUGACCAAUGCCAUUGGGGGACCCGCUGCUGGAGUUGGGGGCCUCACUGACCUGUCUAGUCUCAUCCAAGCGGGCCAGCAGUUUGCUCAGCAGAUACAGCAACAGAACCCUGAGUUUAUAGAGCAACUGAGAAAUCAUAUCCGGAGCAGAUCAUUCAGCAGCAGCACCGAGGAACGUUCCUGACUGGGCCAGAAUACCCAGCCCACAACGCAAACGGUUUCCGGCGCUGCUGAGUCCACUGUAGAUAGUAGCCAAACACCACCACAACAAAGUACCAUAUCCAGUGUCUGAAGAGAAGGGAGGAGAACCUUGGGUAUGUUCUGGAGGGAUACAUCUGUUCAGACAAUAGGCUUAUCACAAACAGACUUGAACUCCUUUGGAAACAGAUCAGUAGUAGCAUUGCAAAGUGCUAAUGUAGCAGUGGGUCCGGGAUCAUUCAUUCUCAAACUUUCAUCAUUGUAUUUCUAUAUUAGAUUUAAUAGCAGAGAUAUUUAUUAAGCAGUAGGGCUAUUUACUGGUCAGUUCUUUAGCUCCAGGUUCCCUGAGGCAGAAGCUUUUGGAGAGGAGGGUAACUUCACAUGCUAGUUUGGAAGAAAUCUAUUUCUCUCAGCAGCAUGUGGAGGGAGGAGACUUGAACAGAGCUGGCUUUGCUAAGUGCUAUGAUCAUAACGAACAGGCACCACUGGUGCCAGGACUACAUUUAAGGCAGCUUGUUCGGUAAGCCAUGGGAACCUGAAGCGCUGGGAAUAAGCAACAUGCAGUGCAAGGGGAAGUUGUGAAGAGAAAAACCAGAUAAUGUGAAUGUACACAAAGUCAAAGUAGUGCUCAGGUUUUAUGAUAGUUAAGAACUUAUCUUGUCUGCAGUUUAGUGUUGAUAACAUUAGCAUGGCCGGUUAAGUACAUAAUGAAGUACAUUUAGAAAUCCUUAAUGGUAUUGUUUAGGUCAGUGAUAACAACUACUCAACUUAAUUAUCACAAUUUUCCUGGUGGUGAACUUAUUCUUGGAUACUAUCAAGUACACUUACUUUUAAAUAAUCCAGUGGUGACCUUGAGUUAAGGAUUUUCUAAGUGAAAUUUAAUUAUGUGCCCAUUAACACUUUUUUUUUUAAAAAACAAGACAACCUAAGAUUACUUGGUAAACAGCAAAAAGGCAUCUUUCACUAAUAUUGUUUGUUCAUAUACUAAGUUUUGCCUAGCAUGCCAGUCUUAUGCUUAACUUUAAUUUACUGCAAUUUCAACAUAACAGGAGACUUAAAAUAUCUAUUAUGAGAUAUGCAUAUGGUUAAUAGAAAGAAAUGACAUUAAAUUCUAAUGACAUGUCUCUGGUGGAUGAGACAGUUCGAAUUUCAAUUGGAAUUUCUUGUUUAUCAUGAAGUUGGUUACAUGAGACUGACAUGUAAUGAUUUUAAAAGGUCUGUGAGGGAAAAUUUAAAAGUUAGGUACUUAAUAAGUACCUAAGUAUAACUGUUCACAAGACCAGCAUCUUGAAGUUUAUCUUUUCUUUUUCUCCUUUACCUUUUGUGAGCUAGUGGUUCCAUAAUUUUACUGUAAGCAUCAGGUGGGGAAAAAAUUCAUCAAAAAUAAAAAUUCAGGGCUGGAGAGAUGGCUUAGUGGUUAAGGCACAUGCCUGCACAGCCUACGGACCCAGGUUUGAUUCUCCAGGUCCCACAUAAGCCAGAUGCA